AACUUUGGCUUAAAGCUGUUCAUAAGGAGGUGGUUGACAAUGUACUUGUUCACAAGCUACUCAACCUUCCAACCAAAUCGCGAAGGCAUUGGAAACAUCUUGGGAGGUAUAAAAAUCCCGAGCUGACAAACUCCUGGACAAAGCAGCUCGAGCUCCAAGGCAGCGAAGGAAGAAGAGGCUCACAGCAGGAACUUUGGCCUGUGAGAAAGAUGGCGAAGCUCUGGAUUGCAGUGGUCUUUGGAACGAUCGGGAUCCUCGCAAGCGUUGCUAGCUCGCAGCUGAGCGUGGGAUUUUACGAGAAGCAAUGCCCGCAAGUGGAAGCGGUGGUCCAGAGCUUCGUCCAGGAUGCCAUCACCAGGAAGCCGGGAGUUGGAGCUGGGCUGCUUCGCCUACAGUUCCACGACUGCUUUGUCCAAGGGUGUGACGCUUCCGUGCUUAUAGAUUCCACCAAGAACAAUUCUGCCGAGAAGGACGCUCCACCCAACAUAAGCUUGAGGGGAUUCGAGGUGAUCGACGCAGCCAAAGCAGCGUUGGAGACGCAGUGCCCGGGAGUGGUGUCCUGCGCAGACAUCGUGGCGUACGCUGCUCGAGACAGCGUCUUCAAGGCACUGUUCUUUCCUCAUCUUUUCCAGAUCAAACUCACAUCUUGUUUUUCGUUUCUUUCUCAGCUUGGAGGGCCGUUCUGGGAGGUGCCGGUCGGGAGAAGAGACGGGACGAUCUCGCGAAUGAAGGAGGCAAAUGCGAGCCUGCCAGCUCCGUUCUUCAACGUGGCGCAGCUCACCCAGAACUUCGCAGCGCAGGGCCUCUCUCAAGACGACAUGAUCGUUCUCUCGGGAGCUCACACGAUCGGGAUCGCGCACUGCUUCACAUUCAGCCCCAGGCUGUACAACUUCAGCGCCAACGCUUCCACGGAUCCCACCCUGGAUCCAAACUUCGCGACCGCCUUGAAGAAGCAGUGCCCGCCAGGGAAAGCCGCGGCAUUCAACUCGGUGGUGCUCGACUCCCACACUCCCAUCCACUUCGACAACAGCUACUACGUGAAUCUGGCGCUGCAAAAGGGCGUGCUGGGGUCGGACCAGGUGCUCUUCUCGGACGCGGCCACCAGCAAGGCCAUCAAGACGAGCUCCGUGGACGAGGAGAGCUGGCGGGCCAAGUUCGCGGCGGCCAUGAUCAAGAUGGGCAGCGUCAAGGUGAAGACGGGGCAGCAGGGCGAGAUCCGCAAGAGCUGCCGAGCGGUCAAUCACUCGUGAGUGAUCGAUCGUCGACCAGCUCGAGGAAAGAAGGCAUGACGAAGAAGUCGUGAAAUCGUGAUCGAGAAAGAGGACGUACUUUUUGUAAUUAAAUCGAUCGCUCGCAAGUUUAUAUCCAUUGUUUAUAAAAGAUUUGCUCCAAUGUCUUAACGUU